CACUCCGUUUUAUAACGCGGAUUCCCCUGCUCCUGCCACUAGGGAGUCUCUUGAUGGGGCGGUAACCGGUGCGAUAGCAGGCGAGCAUUCGGGAACCAGUGCAGGAGUAGCAGGAAUGGGUGCAGAGGAGUGGGUGGUGGGAGAGGAGGAGCUACAGCAGGUGCUGUAUGUCCUUGAUACGUGCUCAGAUUUCCGUAACCUCACGAGAUUUCUGCUUAUAGUUUUGGCCCUAGCCCGCUCCAGCGAGCAUAGGGGCACCGCGGGGGCAACAGAGCAUGCACUGCUGCAGACCCAACACCCCUCGGAAGGGCAGGUGCUGGGGGGGAAUGCGCCUGGGUAUGGGACUGGUGGUGGGGUCAGUGCGUUCGGGGGGCGUUCGGGUUUUGAGGCUGGUUUGACUGGUGGACCGUGGGGGGUGUCUCGUUUUCAGGGGAGCGUGAGCGCGAGCGCAGCAGCUGCAGCAGGAGUAGGAGGAGGUGCAGGAAGUUUGGGGGGAGUGGUUAGCAGUGGGAUCAGCAACAGUGCUGGUGCUAACGGUGAGGAGACUGCUACUGGUGUCGGUGGUGGCGGUGGGGUGUGUACAGGGUUUCCUGUCUCGGAAGGCAUUCCUAUUCGAGGCCGCGUGGUUGUUAAGUCUUGUGUGCUAGUAGCUUGCCUGGAGCGGUAUGAGCCGGUUUUUGUCUCCCUCGCCCAAUUGCCAUCCCUCCUCUCCCUGCUUCUUCUCAAGGCAAGACAGUCCCUAGCCUUUUGUGCAGUGCAGCAAGUCACUCCAUCUGUUGCUGCUGCUGCUGCUGCUGCUGCUGCUGCUGCUGCUGCAGCUGCAGGUGGCAUAGCCCCUACCCCAGGUGUACCUACCCCUGGUGCUUCUUUCGUAAGCCACCAAACGGGAGCAGCAGCAGCAGCAGCAGGAGGAUGGGGUGGAGGGCGAGGAGGAGAGGGCGGCCCACAGGAGCAAGGGGAGGAAUCGGGCCUGUUUGUCAUGGAUGGGGGGGACGACAGGGAUUUGCACCACCUAACGGAUUUCAUCGGGCGGUUAUUGCAGCGCUAUGCAUCGUCCUCUCCUGAAGUGAAGGAGUGGGAAGUGGCUGUUAAGUCCCAGUCGCAACCCCAGCUGUGGGCUCACAUUGAUGCCGCGAGAAAGCGAUCUGUGGUGGAGGAGGAAGGGAGGGAGGUUGCGGGGAGGGAAGUGGUUGGAGGCGAAGCAGAGCGGUUUGGGGUGUCGGGGCCUGGUCUGGGAAAGAGUGGGGGUGUGGGAGGGAAAGCGGGCUUCGGAGAAGGGGAGGCAGGUGCAGUGGAAGCGUCCCUGGAAAGCCAUUUACGGGACGUAUUGCAGAGAUUGCAGUUGGAAGACAAAGAGGAGGAGGCGGCAGAGGUGGAGGGAGAGGAGAAAGAGGAGGAGGAGGAGGAAGCGGAGGAGGAGAAAAGGGGAGGCGAAGAGCGGGACAGGGCUGAGAAGGCUGGUGGAUUUGGCGGGGAGGAUAGGUGGGGGAAACGUGGUUUUGAUGAUGGCAUGGACUGGGAGCACACAAGGCUAAGUGCAGUGAAGGAGGAAGAAGGGUGGGGUGGGGCCUAUGGCACUGGUGGUGGUGGUGGUGGUGGUGGUGGUGCUGCUGCUGCUGCCGUGGAAACCGAAGGUAAAGCUGCUGGUAACAUGUCAGGGAGGAGAAGGAGGAGCGAGAGAAAGGCUCUGGAAGAAGACUGGGCAGUGAGGAAGGCGAGGAGGAGGUGUGUGAUAGAAGCGGUUACCAAGGAACUGCGGGACGUGUGUGUGGAGUAUGGAGGAAAGGGAGUGAGGGAGAGUGAGCUGUACAGCGCACUGGCAUGUGCAGUGAUUGCAGGAGCCAGUGAUUCAGUCAGGCGAGUCUUUGAAAGAGCUGAUAAGCAUCGUCGGGUAAAGAAGGCGGCAGUAGAAACAGCAGCAGGCUGUCGGCAGCAUAAGGGCAGAAGAAGAAAAAGCGCAUGCAUAGCAGGGCUGUGUGAGAGGUGUGAGAGGGGGGAGAGAGUUAGCGAUUCUGUGGCUGCCAGUGCAAGGGAACGAGUUCUGGAGCACCUGCAGUGCCUGCAGCUGCUGGUAUCGGUACUCCCCUCGCAAUCUGCCCGCCUGCUAGAAAACGCCCUGAUUCAUGCUGCAGGGGAGGCUGUUCGAGCUUCUUGUGGGAGUCAGAAGGGCCCUUCCAGUCCCCCUCCUGCCUCCGCUGCUGCUGCUGCUGCUGCUGCUGCUGCCACUGCUGGCUUUACUGGUCUCAGCAGCGGUGGUGGCAGCGGCGGCGGCGGCGGUGGUGGUGGUGCUGCUGCUGCGGCUGGGAGAACAUAUACGUCUGGUGCUUAUGGGACGUUAUCUCUGGUAACUCCUGAUCUCAUCCCGCCUCUGGUACAGGGUAGGAAGGGCACCUCCUCUCUCGCAGUCGCAGGUGAGAGAUACGGAGGGGGCGCAGGGCAGAGUGGGACGGCUGCUGCAGAAGGGGCAGUGAAAUCGGCAGGUGAAGGUGGUGGGGGAACGGAAGCAACGUGCAGGGUGAAGGCUGAGGAGGAGCAGGAAGGAAGGGGCGGGAGCGGAGGAAUGGAGGGAGUGGAAGGAGAGGAAGGAGGUUGGGCGAAAAGGGAGGAGGACACAGAUGGUCCCAUGGGCCGUUCGGUGCAAGUGGAAGAAGGGUUAGGGUUAAGUGCGGAGGGUGAAGGUCAGCCGGAAGGGCAGAGAGAGGGGGGAAGGGAGGAGGUGCAGGCAGAGGGAGAGGGUCUAUCCAGGUUGGACUGGAGCGGGGAGGUGGAACUGGGGGUGGCGUUAUCUGUUGUGGCUCUGGGCACUGUUCAUGGGCUGGUGUCUCUGCCUCGUGCUGUGGCGUCCCUGUGUGCGCCUCAUACCCUUGCGCCGUCAGUAAGGGCCAGACUGCAAUGCCUUUCUCCAAGUGAUUUGCUGCAGGUGCGAGAGGUUGAGGGGGUUGCUUCUGAGACAGCCACUGCUGCUGCUGCUGCUGCUGCUGCUGCUGCAGUUCCAGUUGCUGCAGGAGCAACGGCGGUAACAGGAGCAGCAAGGGCGACAGAGGCUGCAGAAGCAGCGGGUGCUCGAGUUGCUGCCAGUGCUGUAGCCAAAGAGCAGACAGAGUCUCCAGUGGUAUCAAGGGGCGCAGUGCGGUUGAGGCAUGUGGGAAGCACCAAGGAAGAAACCCAGGGUAUCAGGACACGAGGGGCAGAUCGGUCCCUUGGCCCAGCAGCAACAGGAUUGGGUUUGACUAACCCACUUUCUAGACAGUCAUCCAUAGUUAAGCUUAGACAGGGGCGUAGAAGCUCCCGUUCGAAUGCGAGAGAGCAUGAGAGCGGGGGACAGGGCGUUGCGGGGCGGCAGCAGGUGGUGGGUGGGGAGAGCAAGGAGGAGGACGAUGAAGGGGAAGGGGAGGAGGAGCGGUGGCAGUGUGACGUGACUCAGCUUCUGUGGCUGCGUGUGCUUCUUGGAUCACACCGGCUAGAGCCGCAGAAGAAGAAGGAGAAGGAGAGGCAGGGCCGGCGAUGCAGCCGAAGCAAGAAGAGUAGACGAGUCGCUGUCUCAGCAAAGGCAUCAGGCUCUGCGGCGGCGGCGGCGGCUGCUGCUGCUUUCAGUGGUGGCGAUACGCUUUUGAAUGCUACACAUAAACUGGCGAAGGAAGAGGGAAGGGGAGAGGGAAAGGGUGAGGGAGAAGGAGAGGGAGGAGCGGGAGCGGGAGAGGGAGAGGAAGAGGGAGAGGAGUUUUGUACAGCGGUUACAUCUGAGAGGGCGUGCAGGUGUGGGUAUCUUUCCUGGUGGCCUCGUUUGCUGGGUCCUGUCCAUAGGCUGGCACUCCAUCGCAUGCAGACCUCUCUCCUCUCCACCCGCUUCCUCUUCUUCUCUGUCUAUCCCCUCUUUGCUGCUGCGCUGCAUGCACGUGCAGCACACAGGGCAGCAAAGGAGGUGGAAAGGAGGGGAAGAAGGGGAGAGGGAGAGUCUGGCAAGGGAGAAGCGAGGCAGGAAGAGGAUCGGUUAGGUGGUGGGGAGGGAAAGGGGCCUGAGGAGAGGGGUGACGGUGGGGCAUUGAUGGAUGUUGAGACUGCAUUGGAGGCAGAGGUGCUUGAAAAGAAGCUCGUGUUUCAGCAGCAGCAACAGCAGCAGCAACAGCAGCAGCAGCAGCAGCAGCGGCAAGAGCAGCAGCAGCAACAACAGCAGCAACAGCAGCAAGAGCAGCGGCAGCAACAACAGCAGCAACAGCAGCAAGAGCAGCGGCAGCAACAACAGCAACAACAGCAGCAGCAGCAGCAGCGGGAGCAGCAACCGCAAAAGCAUGGAACAGAGUUGCGAGCGCCAGCAGCAGUGGUUGCUGGGGAUAGCAGUAGAGUCCCUUGGAUUCUACCAAGGGCCUGCUCUGAUGAAGCGCUGCUGGCAGUGGUGCCGUUAUGGUGCCGCCAGUUCCUCCUCUCGAUACUGUCCCAGCGGCUACUGUCACCCCGCGUCCGAGUCAGAUCACACGGCGGGCACAGGGCACGGAGAGGAGGGGUUGAACAAGAGCAACGGGAACGAGGAGCGAAGGGAGCAGACGGAGAAGGGGAAGAGAAGGAGGAGCAGGGAGCGUGUAGGCGCAGGAAAGGCAAGAGGAAGUUGGAUGGGAGGGAGCAGGUUUUGGGGGGCAACGGAGGGCCGGGUUGGGGAAAGGAUGUGGUGGAUGGAGUGGGGAGUGUGGGGCGAGGGGUGGAUGAUGCGUGGAGGAACGGAGAGCAACAGGUGCUGCUGAUUGCUCUGUUGGAAAGUCUGGAUCCUGCAACGCUGCCUGUGCACCGCGUGCUCUCUCGCCUGCUCCUGGCAGAACAGGUGUGUCAGGAGCGGGUGCAAGCAGGUGCAUCUCUCCCGUCCGCCUUCCAAUCGGCCCUCUGCCUCAGCCCCUUGUAUGGAGCCUCGGAUCGACCCCUCUCCGCGUCCCACCACCACAGCCAAGCAGCGUCCGUUGCAGGAGCAGCAGCCUCAGCGGCAGCAGCUAGAGGAUCAGGGGUUAUAAACCUUACCGGUGAUGGUAACAGCGAGGGCAGCAGGACUUUCCGGGUUGGGCAAGGGCAGGGAGGGUUUGGGGGAGCGGGCGGGGCGGGAGGUUUAGGUGUAGGUGCGGGGAUGGGAUGGGAAACAGGAGAUGUGUUGCCUCCCGAUGGUGUGUGGGAGAGUGAGAAGGGGUUUGCAGGUGCGGUGCUGUCUCGGGUGGUUGUGAGGCCAGAAGCUGCAGCGUUGCUCUCGGAGCUUCUGCGGGGGUUAACACGUAACAUGGAAGACUGGGUGGUGAAGCAGGCUCGAGAUGUUCUAAGUGGUUCUGUUACAGUCUCCUCCAUACGUCCCAUCUCUCACCGUCUCAGCGCUCUUGCUCCCCCCCUUCCCAAAUUCAUCCUUCGUCGCUCCACCCCACACCGGAGAAGGGCCAGACGAAAAAGAAUCAUCGCUGCUGCUGCUGCUGCUGCUGCUGCUGCUGCUGCUGCUGCUGCUGCUGCUGCUGCUGCUGCUGCUGCAACUGCUGCUGCUGCUGCUGCCACUACUACUGCCGCUGCUACUGCUACCGCUACUGCUGCUGCUCCUUCUGGUGGGAUUGGUGGGGUAGCGGAUGCUGCAGUUGCUGUUCCUGCUGGUGAUCCGGCAGGGAAGGUGGAGGGUAUGUCUGAAAGAGAGGAAAAAACCAAGGAAGGAGCAGCAGCCGCAGCAGCAGCAGCAGCGGCAGCAGCAGGAGCAGCAGCAGCAGCAGCAGGAGCUGAUUCAGGUGCUGCUAAAUCAGAUGCACCAACACAGGUCUUGCCUGGGGAAAGGGGGACGACAGAGGCGCCCGAAGAGGGGGUUGUUAAGGAAAAGAAGGGAGUGAAGCUGGGAGUGUCAGUAGCAGGGGAGGAGGGCGAAGGGGGUGCGAAAAGGAUGGUCAGGAUGGUCAAUGGGGAAGUGCGUGGUGUGGGUUGUACAGAGAUGGAGGGAGUGGAAGGGCCUGGGGUUUCAACACAGGCAGAAAAGGAUGGGGCAGCGGGAAUGGUGGUGGUGGGUGGUGCAGGGGAGAGCGAGGAAGGUGCUCGUGAGAGUGACCCCAUGGGUCAGGCUGUGGACAGAAUAACUCUAGAUGGAGGUGUAGCGAGCGAGGAAAAGGGAGGCAGAGGAGGAGACGCGGUUGUGAAGGUGGGCGGUGAUGCAGGGAAGGAGGAUGAAGGUGGGAGUGGGUGGGGUAUAGGCCUUGUCGGGAUGGGUGAGGAUGCAAGGGAGGCUGCGUUUGUGUCUGGGAAUGGGUUGGGGGAGAUGAGGAGCGGUGCUGGGUUCGGAGAGGGGAAGUUUGGAUCAGUAGAAGGCCAAGGGACGGAGGGAAAUGAGGGAGUCAGGGCGAGAGGGGAUGGGAGGGAGGGAGGAGCGGUGGGGAACGGUGGGAGGGGUGAAGGGGGAGUGGUGAACAGCCUGCAUUCAGGGCUUGAUUUAAAGCUGGAUGGAGAAAAAGGGGUAGUGAAGAAAGAGAACAAGGAGGAGGGGAUGAUUAAGGUUGUGGGAACAAAGGAGCAGCAAGGGAAUGGAUUCGUGGGGAUGGAUGUGGAUGGAUUGAAGGAUGGGGCAGGUGGGGAAGCGAGGGAAGGGCUGGAAAAUGCAGCAGAGGAAACGAGGGUGGGAGGUGAAUCGGCAGACGGGAAAGAGGCAGAAGGUGCGAGAUUACUUGUGAAGGAGGAGGAGGAGGUUGAUGUAGAUGACGGGGACAUGGAUGAUGGGGAGCAAUUGGGGAAAGGGAAUGGGGAGAGGGAGAUGGAGAUGGAGGGGAUAGAGUUGAAACACAGUGCGGUUGAAAGGGGUGCGGAGCAGAAGCGUGGCACAGGGCUGGAAGGCAGGGAGGGAGGAGGUGGAGAGAAGAUGGAAACUGAUGAUGAUCGGGGAGGGAGUGGGGGUGGUGGUGAUGGUAACGGUACAAAUCACAAGGAUGAUAAUGGUUGUGCUGGUGGUAUGGAUAGAGCUUUUGGCCCUGAUGGUGAAGUGGAUACCGAGCCGACAGAAAGUGAGGCGGAGAAUAACAUCGGAGAUGGGACAGAGGGGGCGGAUGAAGCUGGAGAUGCAGAGACCGGGGCAGGGGAGGGCAGCAAGGGGCAAGCAGGCAGGCUGGCGGAAGGGGAUGAGGAGCUGAGGACCAGUGCAAGGACACAAGUAGGGAGGAAGGUCCAGCAAGGGGAAGGGGGGGACGAGCUUGAGCAGCAGGAGCAGCAGGAGGAGGAAGAGGAGGAGAAGCAGGAGCAGGAGCAGGAGCAGGAGCAGCAGCAGGAGCAAGAGCAGCAGCAGGAGGAGGAGAAGCAGGGGCAAGAGCAGGAGCAGGAGCAGGAGCAGGAGGAGGAGCAGGAGCAGCAGGAGCAGCAGGUGGAGGAGGAGGAGGAGGAGGAGCAGGAGCAAGAGGAGGAGCAGGAGCAGGAGCAGGAGCAGGAACAGCAGGAGCAGCAGGAGCAGCAGCAGCAGGAGCAGCAGCAGCAGGAGCAGCAGCAGCAGCAGCAGGAGCAGGAGAAAGCUGGGCAGGAGGGACAAGAGGAAUGGAUGGAGGGGGGUUUAGGAGCGGCUGACUGGGAGGGGAAAGGAGUGGAAGGGGAGGGAGUGGCAUGGGGACAGGUUGAAGGCGCCAAAGGAGGGGACGAUGGUGAAGCGGUUGGGGAGGAUGUUGAAGCGGUUGGGGAGGAUGUUGAAGUGGUUGGGGAGGAUGUUGAAGCGGUUGAGAACGAUGGUGAAGCGGUUGAGAACGAUGGUGAAGCGGUUGGGGAGGAUGGGAGUGAUGCGCACGAUGGGAGUGAUGGUGAUGAUGGGGAUGAUGGGGAGAGUGAGGGUGAUGAGGGUGAUGGGGGUGAUAGGGAUCAAGGGGAACAGGAAGCAGUUGAGGCGAGAAAAGGAGUGGGGUCUUGUGGGAUGGCCGAAACGGGCAGUCUAGAGGGGGGCACAGAUAUGCAUGUUUCUGGUGGGGGGGAAGCAGAGGAAGGGGUGGGGGAAGGGCCUAUUUUUGAGUCGACUCGGAAAGGGCCACCAGAGGAGGGUGAUGAGAAUGAGGCGUUUUUUUCAAGGGAUGCGCAGGAGUUGCAGCAUAUGGAAAGCGAGAGUAGGGUGAGUUUGGGUGACCGGGUGAGUGCAGGGGAGGGCGGGGAGGAGCUGGGGAAGGAAUAUGUGAAUGAAGAGGAGGGAGUGGAGGAGGAGGAAGAAGAGGAGGAGGAGGAGGAGGAUGAUGAGGAGGAGGACGAGGAUGAGGAGGAUGAGGAGGAUGAGGAGGAGGAGGGGGAGGGGGGGAAGGAGGAAAAGGGAGAGGAAGAGGCAGGGGAACAGCAUGAACAUGAUUGUGGGCAGGAGGGGGAGGAGGGGGAGGAGGAUCAUAUGGAUGACUGUGUUGGGGGAGGGGCGAUGGAGAUGGAGGAUGGCGGAGAGGAAGGAGAGGGAGGGGACGAGAAGAAUCAGGAGGUGGGUAGAAGUGAAGACAGAGAGUCGAGGGAAGAGCAUAGAAGCUAUGCAAGUAUGGAGCGGCUGGGGUUGUUUGGGGAGAGCGAUGAGGGUGGUGUGAUGAGAUACCAUGGAGAGGAGGACGAGGUGGAAGGAAUGGAUGGUGCUGCUGGUGAAGGUGCUGAUGGGGAUGGCGGUGAUUAUAGUUAUGGGGAAGGGAGGACAGGUGGUGAAGAGUUUGGGAUGCAGGAGGGUUAUGAAGGUGGUUUGGGCAGUGGGGAGGGCAUGGGUGGGUUUAUGUUGGAAGGAGGGGAGAUGGGUGAGGAGGUGGGAGGAGAAGGGAAUUUAGGGAGAGAUGGGCUGUGGACUGAGGAGCAUCAUGUGUUGGUGGUGGAAGGGAAGGAGGAGAGGGGGAUGAAACAGGUGCUCGAUGUUCAACUGGUGGGCCCUUGUGUGGAGAGAACGGAGGAGGAGGAGGAGGAGGAGAAGGGUGGAAGAGAGUGGAUGGAGAUGGAGGAGGGUGGUUGGAGGAAAGGAAUGGAUAGUGAGGAGAAACUGGGAGGAAAUGGUGGGAUGGAGACCGCAGGCUGUAUUGGAGAGGCGGUGGUGGGUUUAGAGAGGCACGGGGCAGGGAUAAGUGGCAGUGAAAGGAGAAGAGAGAGCGGGUAUAUGGGGAACAAAGGCAAAGUGACAGAGGAAGGGGGUUCAAAGGAGGAGGAUAGGGAGGAUGAGUGGUGGGACGGCUGGGGAGAUAGUGCGUGGUGUGACGAGAAUGCGGAAGAGGGUGAGGUUUGCUGGAGUGAUGAGGAGGAUUCUGAGAAGGACUCUAGAAGGGGUACCAGAGGAGAGAGGAUAUUUGCGGAAAGGGCUCUCUCGGCCCGAUCCAGAGGCAAGAGCAAGGGCAAGGGCAAGGGCAAGGGCAAGGGCAAGGGCUCUAGAGCGAAGGCGAAGCGCGGAAGCAGGAGGAAAGGUAGAGUGGAAGAGAGAGGAGGAGCAAAGGCACGGAAAGCUGGGCGUGGUAAUUUGAAAGGCGGUGCCGGGUCUGUGAGAGGUGGUGGGAAAGGCAGCAGCGAAAGCGCAGGGGAUGCUGAGAUGAACGAGGCGGACGGUGCUGGAGUAGCGGCUGCAGGGGGGGCUUUGGAGGGGUUUAAGAAAGACGAUUCCCUUGGGUCGGGCAAUGCCGGUGGGGAUUCCGUUGGGGGGAGGGGCAUUGAAAUCGGUUCAGAUGGUGUUGGUGGGAAGGGAAUGAAGGAGGCUGGGGAUAGCGGUGGUUUGCAGGAGGGACGAGGAGAGAGUAUGCCGGGAGAGGGAAGGGGAAAGGAGGUGGGAGGCGAUAUGGAGUGUGGGGGGGAAGGAGGAGGAGCUGCUGGUGUAGAAACAAGUGUAUUGGAUUCAAGUGAAGGAGAAGAGGAUGAGGAGGAGGAAGAGGAAGAGGAAGAGGAGGAAGAGGAAGAGGAUGAGGAAGAGGAGGAGGAGGAGGAGGAAAAAGAGGAGGAGGAUGAGGAGGACGAGGAAGAGGAGGAAGAUAAGGAGGAAAAAGAGGAGGAGGAGAAGGAAAAAGAGGAGGAAAAAGAGGAAAUGGAGGAGGAGGAGAAAGAGAGAGUUGAGGUGAAACAAGAAGAGACGAUGGAGGAGGGGGAGGAGGAGGAUAGUGAGGAGGAUGCGGAGAGUGAGGAGGAUGAGGAGAGUGAGGAGGAGAGUGAGGAGGAUGAGGAGAGUGAGGAGGAUGAGGAGAGCGAGGAGGAGGAGGGGAGUGAGGAGGAGGAAGAAGGGGGGGAGGAGGAAGGGGGGGAGGAGGAGGAAGAGGAGGAGGAAGAGAAGGAGGAUGAGGAAGAGGAUGAAGAGGAGGCGGAGGAGGAGGAGGAGGAGGAGGAGGAGGAGGAGGAGGAGGAGGAGGAGGAGGAGGAGGAGGAGGAGGAGGAGGAGGAGGAGGAGGAGGAGGAGGAGGAGGAGGAGGAGGAGGAGGGGAGGGGGGGAAGGGGAGGAAAAAAGGAGGAGGAAGAGGAGGAUGAGGAAGAGGAUGAAGAGGAGGAGGAGGAGGAGGAAAAAGAGGAGGAUGAGGAGGACGAGGAAGAGGAGGAUGAAGAGGAGGAAGAGGAGGUGGAGGAGGAGGAGGCGGAAGAGGAGGGGGAGGAAGAAGAGGAGGGAGAGGGAGAAGGGGAGGAGAGUGAGGUCAGUGCAAGUGCUUCAGAUGAUUCCGACGAGGACAGUGAAUUGGAGAACGAAGCUAGAACUGCUCUGGACUUUUGGGGGUUCUUGUGGGAUGGGGAUGGGGAUGGGGCAGGGGAUGAAUCGAGUGAGGCAUGGGAUGAGUCUUAUGAUGAUGAUGUUUUGGAAGAGGGGGAGGAGGAAAACGAGGAGGAGGAAGAAGAAGAGGAGGAGGAGGAGGAGGAGGAGGAGGAAAAUGAGGAGGAGGAUGAGGAGGACGAGGAAGAGGAGGAGGAAGAGGAGGAAGAGGGGGAGGAAGGGGAGGAAGGGGAGGAGGAAGAGGAGGAAGGGGAGGAGGAGGUGGAGGAAGGGGAGGAGGAGGAGGAAGAGGAGGAGGAGGAAGGGGAGGAGGAGGAGGAAGAGGAGGAAGAGGAAGAGGAGGAGGAAGAGGAGGAGGAUGAGGAAGAGGAGGAGGAGGAGGAGGAAAACGAGGAGGAGGAUGAGGAGGACGAGGAAGAGGAGGAAGAGGGGGAGGAAGAGCAGCAAGAGGAGGAGGAAGAGGAGGAGGAAGAGGAGGAAGAUGAGGAGGAAAAUGAGGAGGAGGAAAAAGAGGAGGAAAAAGAGGAGGAGGAGGAGGAAAAAGAGGAGGAGGAGGAGGAGGAGGAGGAGGAGGAGGAGGAGGAGGAGGAGGAGGAGGAGGAGGAGGAGGAGGAGGAGGAGGAGGAGGAGGAGGAGGAGGAGGAAAAAGAGGAAAAGGAGGAGGAGAAAGAGAGAGUUGAGGUGAAACAAGAAGAGAAGAUGGAUGAGGGGGAGGAUGAGGAGAGUGAGGAGGAUGAGGAGAGUGAGGAGGAUGAGGAGAGUGAGGAGGAGGAGGAGAGUGAGGAGGAUGAGGAGAGUGAGGAGGAUGAGGAGAGUGAGGAGGAGGAGAGUGAGGAGGAUGAGGAGAGUGAGGAGGAUGAGAGUGAGGAGGAUGAGGAGAGUGAGGAGGAUGAGGAGAGUGAGGAGGAGGAGGAGGAGAGUGAGGAGGAGGAGGAAGGGGGGGAGGGGGAGGAGGAGGAGGAGGAGGAGGACGAGGAGGAGGAAAGGGAGGAAGGGGAGGAAGGGGAGGAGGAAGAGGAAGGGGAGGAAGAUAAAGAGAGAGUUGAGGUGAAACAGGAAGAGGAGAUGGAGGAGCGGGAGGAGGAGAGUGAGGAGGAUGAGGAGAGUGAGGAGGAUGAGGAGAGGGAGGAGGAUAAGGAGAGUGAGGAGGGUGAGGAGAGUGAGGAGGAUGAAAAGAGUGUGGAGGAUGAGGAGAGUGAGGAGGAGAGUGAGGAAGAUGAGGAGAGUGAGGAGGAUGAGGAGAGGGAGGAGGAUGAGGAGAGUGAGGAGGAGGAGAAGAGUGAGGAGGAUGAGGAGAGUGAGGAGGAUGAGGAGAGUGAGGAGGAGGAGAAGAGUGAGGAAGAUGAGGAGAGUGAGGAGGAUGAGGAGAGUGAGGAGGAUGAGGAGAGUGAGGAGGGUGAGGAGAGUGAGGAGGAUGAGGAGAGUGAGGAAGAGGAGGAGGUGGUGGUGGAGGAGGAAGAGAGGGGGAGGGGAGAGGAGGAGGAGGAGGAGGAGGAGGAGGAGGAGGAGGAGGAGGAGGAGGAGGAGGAGGAGGAGGAGGAGGAGGAGGAGGGGGAGGAGGAAAAAGAUGAGGGGGAAGAGGAGGAGGAAAAAGAGGAGGAGAACGAGAAUGUUGAGGUAAAAGAGGAGAAGAUGGAGGAGGUGGAGGAGGAGGGGGGGGGGGGGGAGGAGGGGGAGGAGGAGGAGGAGGAGGAGGAGGAGGAGGAGGAGGAGGAGGAGGAGGAGGAGGAGGAGGAGGAGGAGGAGGAGGAGGAGGAGGAGGAGGAGGAGGGGGAGGAGGAAGAGGAGGAGGAGGAAGAGGGGGAGGAAGAGGAGGAGGAGGGAGAGGUGCAAGGGGAGGAAGAGGAGGAUGGAGAGUCGGGUAGCAGAGAGGAAGGAGAAGCAGAUGAGGAAGAUAGUGAGAGUGACUCCGGCGAUAGUGAUAGUGUUGAAGGGUUGGUGGGUGAGGGAGAUGAGAUGGAGGAUACUCUUGCGACGUUUGAGCGGAAGGAGGAGAAGCAAAAGGAAUCAGAGGAGGAGGAUGGUGAUGGUGAUGCUGAUGAAGAGGAGGAGGAAGAGGAGGAUGAUGAUGAUGAUGAUGAUGGGUUGUUAGAUGCUGAGCUGGCAGUAGCAAUGGAAGCAGAGGGGAUGGAGGAAGAGGAGCAGUAUGGUGAGGGAACGGGUGGUGCGGGCACGAGUGAACGGACGGAUGAGGCCAGCGGGAAGGUAAAAGAAUGGGGUGGAGUAGGGGUUAAGAUCGAUAGCGCUAGUGAUGAUGGUGCAGAGGAAGAGGAGUGGAUGCUCGGGGAGGAGUGGAUGGUUUAUGGUGGGCCUGGGGCGGAGGAGUGGCAGGUGAAAGGAGAGGGACGUUUGGUAGAGAGCGGUGGGAAUGAGGGGGUGGGGGAAGAGAGGGAGGUGGAGGAGGAUGGGGGAAAGGAGGAGGGGGAAGGACUGCAGUGGGACGCAGAGGGAGAUGAUGAUUCAGACGAGGAUGAGGAGAGUGAGGAGAGUGAGGAGGAGGGGGAGAGUGAGGAGGGGGAGAGUGAGGAGGGUGAGGAGACUGAGGAGGAUGAGGAGAGUGAGGAGGAUGAGGAGAGUGAGGAGGAGGGGGGACGACUAAAGUGGGACGUGGAGGGAGAUGAUGAUUCAGACGAGGAUGAGAGUGAGGAAGAGGGGGAGGAUGAGGAGGAGGAAGAAGAGGAAGAGGAUUUUGGGGAGGAGUGGGCAAGAAAAGAACACGAGGCGGACGGAGAGGAGGAAGACGAAGAGGAAGAGGAGGAAUCUGAGGAGGACGAUAUGGUGGAAGGGGAGGAGAGUGAAAGCGGGAGUGAUGAGGAUGGAGAAGAGGAAGACGAGGACGAGGAGAGUGGUGGUGAUGAUGAGGAGGAGGGUUUGAUGGUAAAGUGCGAGCAGGAGGAGGAAAAAGAGGAGGAAGAGGAGGAGGAGGAGGAAGAGGAGGAAGUGGGGCUAGGAAAGUUGGGGGAUUGGACCCUGGAGGGGGGAAGUGAAGAGAGUAGCGAGGACAUUGGUGAGAGUGAGGAGAGUAGCGAGGACAUUGGUGAGAGUGAGGAGAGUAGCGAGGACAUUGGUGAGAGUGAGGAGAGUAGCGAGGACAUUGGUGAGAGUGAGGAGACAGAGAGGGAAAGGGAGGAGAGUGAGGAAAGCGAGAGAGAGAGUGGGGAGGGUGAGUGGAGUGAGGAGAGUGAGGGGAGUGAGGAGAGUGAGGAUUGUGAGGAGAGUGAGGGAAGUGAGGAGAGUGAGGGAAGUGAGGAGAGUGAGGGAAGUGAGGAGAGUGAGGGAAGUGAGGAGAGUGAGGGAAGUGACUUAUGUGGGAGUGUGUCAGAGGAGCGUAGGGAGAGUGAUCUUGGCAUGAAAAUUCUUUACGAGUCCGAUUCAGACGAAUCGGAGGCUGGGGGUCUCAACAGAACGGUUGCCAUGGGUGCAAGUGACGAGUCUGGUGCCGAUGGCAGUGAUUUCUCAGAGGAGCUCGAGCUUUAUCUCCCCGGGGAGUCUGAAUUGUUUUGCUUUUCAGAUCGCCACCCGUCGGACCCUCGUUACCUGUUGGAUGUAGAGUGCUGCUGGACUGACCUCAUCUCUUCCGCGCUCUGCCUCCGUACCAGUUCCAUCCUCCCCGGACUCUUCGCCCGGAAGGCUUGCAGCACUCUCAGACUCUCUGGCUUCGUCUCUUCCGUCUUCCUCAGCUUCUCUCGGGCCGGUAUUGGAAGCUCUCCUUCCCAGCAGGAGCAGCGCCAGGGCGAGGGCCAGGAGGAAGCAGCGGCGGAAGCGGCGUGGCAAGAGGCUGAGUGGGAAACCGAGUGUGAAGAUGCUCUGGGAGGCGGAGGAACGGCAGUGGGGUUAGCUGUGGAGGAACGGAAUGGGGGAGGGAGAGCGGAAGCAGGAGCAGCAACUGUUCACAAGCGCAGACAUCGAUCCAAGCAGCAACAGCACCACUACCGCCAUCACCAGCAGCAGCUGCACACACGCCUAUCAUCGUUACCAUCACCACCACCGCUACCAUCAUCGGAACACACGUCUCCUCCUGUCGCUUUCACCACAGAGCGUGCCUUGGCCCGCCUCGUCCUGCCCUGUCUCGCGCGCGCUUCAGACGAAGCCCGGUCCGGGUUUGCCCAAGACGUCAUACAGCAAUUCUCCUCCCUCCACACCUUCGUCUCUGCAAAGCCUUUCGCCGCUAUCUCGCUCGAUGGCUCUGCACUUCCUGGGGGGGGGUCUCCGUUUGGGUCGACUCGCAAGAUAGUGGCUCCUGGGAGGGGUUUUGGGAAGCGUUUGGGUGGUGAUGGUGGUACUGCUGCUGCUGCUGCUGCUGCUGCUGCAGUUCCUGCUGCUGCCGCAAGUGCUGGUGGUGCUGGUGCUGGGACUCCCGGUCAGACCCACCAUCAGCUCCAGGGACUCCCGCAGCAGCAGCAGCAGCAGCAGCAGGAGGGGGGGGCAUCAGGAGACUUGUUAUUCGACACGCUUCUAUCCAUCUUCUAUGCCCUGCUCACUCCCUCCUGGCCUGCGGGAAUCGACUCUCUCUUCCCCGACCCUGCUCUCUGGUCCCGCCUGCAAUCCGCCCUCCCCGUCCUCCCCUCGCCUCCGCCAGUCACCAUUUCCGCCGCUCCCCCAGAACCCUCUCCCCCUCUCCUCGCGGCAGCUGCUGCCGCAUCAGCAGCAGCAGACGGCACACCUUUAGAACCCAGCAUGAUCCCUGCAGCCGUUGCCACUCCCAUCCCUUCCACCGUCUUCUCCCCUCCGCCUUUACAUGUGGCCUUUUCGCCCGGAGGAACAGCCAGUCUAGGUCUUUCGGCCGCUGCUGCCGCCGCAGCUGGUGCUGCUGGUGGUGGUGGUGGUGAGUUUGCGGGAACGUGGGGGGCGGGUGGAGGGGAUGCGGUGGCUGCAGCUCCCAAGGCGGUGGGGUGGCUGAGAGGGGCCGUGCGGCGCAAGCGCAAGGGGAUUCUCUAUGCCGUGGGGCAUGAGGAUGAUGAGAUCAUCCGGUAG